AUGAGGAAAAUGCAAGAGCAUUUCAUCGCCCUAGAAGAAAUUCAAGAGGAAUCAAGGGAUAGGGGAGUGCAAGAGGCUAGCGCAACACCCAAGUCGACAUCGGACGACGUUCAAAGACGGCCUGGGAAGAGACUGAGCCCACCUACACGAGGAAAUGGGAAUAAGGAAUGGGUAGCCAAAGGAAAGAGGCCGAGGCACGAGGCGAGAACAUACACUUAUUUGAAUGCUCCACUAGAAGAAAUCUUCAAAGAGAUCGAAAAAAGGAAUGACAUCAUAUACCCAGCAUCAAGAGCGAUACAGUUCGAGGAGACCAAGGAUCACCCGAAGUGUUGCCAUUAUCAUCAGUAUCGAGGCCACUCUACAAAUAACUGCCGAGAAGUAAAAGACAUCGUGCAACACCUUAUUCGAGAUGGUUACCUGAGACAAUUCAUCCGACACCCAGCACAGGAAACCGCUAUGCCAGAUGCACCUGUUCAUCAGGUCCGAAUCGACAGAUCCACUCAGUUUGUCAACACGAUUUCGCAUUCAGCCACUCAAGAGUACAAUCUGAACCCUGGUAUCAUGUCUAGAAUCCACAAAAGGGACCAUAACGGGAAAGAAAUUUUCAGUGUAGCAAAGACUUUGCCGAUGGAACCUUGGAUGGUGCAACCUAUCAUUUUCUCGGCUCAGGAUGUCCCAAUGAACGGCCAGGCUCACAGUGAUCCCUUGGUCAUCACUUUGCUGAUUGAGGAAUGGGGGGUAAGAAGGAUACUGGUAGAUAGUGGGAGCUCAGUCGAAGUACUCUUCUACGAUACGUUCAAGAGGAUGAAGCUAUCAGAUGAUAUACUCGUCCCAUCAACAUAUUGUAUCUACGGCUUUAAUGGGACCGUAACCAUCCCAAAGGGCUAA